AUGAGCCACGGGGCGGGCAUGUGGAAGGGGGGCGGGGAAAGGGGACCGCCGGCGGAAUGUGCUUUAACGGCAAGGUGGUGCUUCUCGAUGGGCAUGGCCGUUUUCACCGUUGAGCUCAACAUUCACCAGUUCCAAGCCGAAGUUUCGUCCUAUCGCCGGGAGUUGGCCAUGUUUCACUUUACAGCCAGGGUGACUUUUCGCCAUUUCAUCAUCACCUUUCCUGACCAUUGUUACAACACACCUGGGUGCGCUUCUUCACCGCAUGAACACAGGGAGCUAUCAAACUGGGACCUGUUUUCACGCAGCGCGAAAAGCACCAGUUCGCGGGAGCAUUCGAAAACCACCAGCGGCAGCGGGUCGCACCACCACAGAACCAGCCAAGGCGGACCGAGCCACAAGAAAAAUGCCAGCAGCCUCAUGGGGUUUCUGUGGCCCUCUCCUGCACCUGUAGAAGGGCGGCCUCCUUCGGGGCAAACACGACUAUCUGCAGCAGACGUUGUGGGAGCGAAACCGUUCUCCGGCGAGACGAAAGUCUAUCCUGCAUCGGCAUCAGGGCGACGGCAGACCUUAAACCAUCAAGGCUUCGUUAACCCCCACCACCUCGAAGAAGGCGGCAUUGGCGGCGGCGUGGAUAAGGCGAGCCGUCAUCCUGCUACGGGGUCGAUGGGGCAUGUCAGCGGCCGCAUGUCUCUGCCCAACGCCCUCGAUGGAGUUAGAAUUCCAGCCACUCCUCCUCAGCUGAAUGCCACUGAGAAUCGGCCCAACUUGGUCCACGUUCACGACACGAAGGAGGAGCGAAUGGACACCAGGAGUGAGACAGAACUCAUGAUCGGGGAGAUCAAGAGCAUCCAAAUCACGGACGAAAUCGUGCUGGCGAGGAAGGCUCUAGUGUUGAUCUUCGUCAGCCUUGUCGGGGCCACCUUGUUCCGCGAGUUCGCGGGACCCUUCUUUUACUUCGUGGUCGCCUUGCACCAGGACAUCUCCAUGACCAUCUGGUCUAUCGCCUCCAUGUUCGUGUGGAGGCGGCUGUUCGCCGAAUGGGUGUAUCCCACCGACAGUGAGCUAUCGGGGAACGCAUACCGCUACGGCGACGAAUUUUUCCAGAGCAGCAUCCUGGCGCAGUAUAUCCUGCUGCUGCUGACGGACUACGCUACCACGGGCGAGUGCAACCCGGACGACCAGAAGUUCGCGAUUGAGAUGGGGCGGCGAGGAAUCAAGGAGCAGGAGAAGAUCUCGCUUUAUGCCGUUUCGAAGGCCAUGGGCUUCAUUCCCAGGCACAAGCUCGGGCACGCUUUCUUCCGCGAGCUAGGCGGGACCAACACGCUGAACUCCAGUAGGGACGCCAAGACCCUCGGAGAAUACAUGUUCGACCAGCUCCUCCUCAGGAGUCGCAUGUACUCGCCGGGAUGCACCGCGCCCGCUUCCCCCGCCACGAGGCGCUGGGCGUACCUGGCGAACGUGGGCCAGACCGUUCUCGGCGGCGGGGGCGGCAGCAACGCGAACACUUUGAACGCGAAGUCUUUUCGCGGCGGUCGACUCGGCGCGAGCAAACGCGCGAGCUUGCCCUCCUCGUGGACGGCAGGCGACGUAGGCAGCCUCUCGCCCUCGAAGCGAACUUCUUCCGACGCAACAUUAAAGCCUGCGCCGUGGUUGAGAUCGCGCUCGGGAGCGGGGGGACGGGCGGCGGGUAGCGCGCCCCGCGAAGCUGGCGGCAGGUCUCCGAUCGUCACCAGGGUCUCGAGCAAACUUUCAAGCAGUGUCAACAAGAUGCGCAUGGGUCCCAAUGCCAGAGCUGCCAGCGAUAGCGCCGCCGGCGCCGCCACAGCCACGGUCGACACAGCCGAUGCGAGUGAUGCCGGUAGCAGCGAGAUCCCGAUGGACGAAGUUUUGCCGAGCCAGGGCGGCGGCGGUAUGGCUGGGUUCAGGGAGUUCCACGGAGGAGGAAAAAGAGCCCUAUCGGUCAUAGAGGACGCCGACUCGUUCGCUGACAGCGACCCCUUUGUAGGUGGCGAGUCGAAGGCGGAAGUCACCGCCAGUUGCGCAGAAAUGGAGUUUUCGUCGCUUCGUGUGGUCGAUGCUAUGGCGCCGAGGUACGGUCACGAUGUGUCCGAGCUUGCGAAGGAAACCGCAAACGGAGGCAGUUUCAGCAGUGAGGAUCGCAACGACAAGGACGCCGGAGGUGCCAGCAGGGGCGAAGGUUCUGCUGGCGGCACCGUUCAGAAAGAGCACGAGGAGAGCACCAAUGUACAAAGCAACGGUAGCACACAGAAGGGGGGGGACAGCGACGAGGCAGAUAAGCCUCAGGAGGAGGAAUUGCUGACAAGGGAAACCCUCUGUCCGAUGCUGGAACAUCAGGUGCUGGAAAUGGCGUUCAAGAUCUUUGAUUUGAACAGCAAUGGCUCCAUCACGAAGGCGUUCGUGUGGCUGUCGAUCCUGGGGUUCGAUGUGCUCUCCUUGAGCGUGACGUUCGCGUCGUUCCUGAUCGCCUUCUCGUUCAUGAUCGGCACCGCGGCGAGCAACCUCAUGUCCGCGGUGCUCUUCAUCUUCGUGUCGAGGCUGUACGACGUCGGGGACCGGGUGCAUAUCUACGACGAUGUCCAGACGGCGGGUGUGGAGCCCAUGAACGUAGUGGUGGUCAAGGUCGACCUGAGGACGACUUCCUUCAGGCGUUGGGACGAACAGAUCUUCUACAUACCCAACCACCUGCUGGCGGACAAAACGAUCGUCAACAUCCAGAGGACGGCCCACCAGUGGCACGAGUUCUACAUUCACGUUGCGGCAACCACCUCGAGCCAAAAGCUGGAAACACUUCACGACGCCCUGCAAAAGUUUGCCAAGAAGAAAGACAAGCCCGAAGGUCUGCACCCGCGCAUGGGCUUCUCGCUGACGGGAAUAGAGGACAGCACGAGACUGUCCAUCCGGAUCAUCUUCCGGCAGAGGGGCAACUGGCAGAACAUGGACAAAAAAUGGGCCUGCCAGAGCAUGUGUACCUGGGCCAUCAAGAAUGCAUGCGAUACCAUUGGCAUCACCUACUAUCUACCGGAGGUUCCUAUCGUUAUGAAGAACAAGAUAUCUUAACUUCUUGAAGUCCCGUUUGCAGAGCACCUCCUACCGUGGCCACCCAGUUUUUUGCUUUUAUAUAGUUGUGUCCUGUUCGCCAAGUGUUGGACGGUGAGACGUGUUCUGUAUUGUGUGCGUGUACUACAGGUGCUGGCGUGUUGUUUUUAGUGUCUGUCUCACUGAGCCCCAAGAUGGUGCUUGUUGCUUUCCGUCCUGCUGUCCUUCCUGCGCAUUCGUUUGUGGUUGUCUGAGCGUGUGUUCCGCCCUUGGCAUAAGUCGUUCAGUGUCCCGACGUAAAGACAUGCGCGGAAAAAAUACACUGGCCGCAGCCUUAACCUCUGUUUCCGUGGCUCAUU